AUCUGGAGAGGUGACACUAGAAUUUAAGCCCAGCUUUGGGGCUAUCUUCGAAGUUCUAGGCCCAUCUGCUCCCCAUGAGGUUUUGAUUUGGACGAAGUGAAGUGGGUUUAUGUUUAAUGCUGUGCACGUUUUUCAAACUCCUGAAGUCAGGGGCCGUGGACACACUGUUUUCUCUCACCUGCAGCUGGGAGGCAAGAUGCUCACUGUGGUGACCCGCCAACCUUUUGGGCAAGAAGGCCGCAAUACCACCCGAAUCCCAGCCAUCAUUACCACGGUGGUCUUGGCCGUGAGCAUUGUGGUUCUUGUAAUUCUCACAUUCGUCCAGGCUUUCCAUAAAGUGGUUGUCUCUCCAGAACCGAAGCAUGGAAUCGUGCUGGAUGCCGGGUCUACCAGAACCACGUUCUACGUGUAUCAGUGGCCAGCGGAGAAGGAGAAUAAUACUGGAGUGGUCAGCGAGACUUUCAGAUGUGAGGUGAAAGGCCCUGGGAUCGCUGCCUAUAGCCGGUACCCUGAAAACAUCCCCAGAGCCUUUGAUGAAUGCACAAAAAAAGUCCAGGAGCACAUUCCAGCCCACUUCCAUAACUCCACCCAACUUUACCUGGGGGCCACUGCUGGGAUGCGCUUGCUAAGCUUGCAAAAUGAAACAGCAUCUAAUCAAAUCUUAGUAACCAUCAAAAACUACUUCAAGUCCCAGCCCUUUGAUUUUCGGAGUGCUCAAAUCAUUUCUGGGGAAGAUGAAGGACUAUAUGGAUGGAUUACAGUCAACUAUUUAAUGGGACAUUUCCUGGAGAAGAACCUGUGGAAUAUGUGGGUGCAUCCAAAUGGAGUGGAGACCACAGGUGCCCUGGAUUUAGGUGGUGCCUCCACCCAAAUAUCCUAUGUACCAGAGGAGCAGAUGCCGCCAAACACCAAUGACAGCAUACAGGUGUCCCUAUAUGGCUAUAAGUACACACUCUACACACAUAGCUUUCAGUGCUAUGGCCGGAUGGAGGCUGAAAGAAAGCUUCAUGCAAAACUUUUUCAGGAGUUUCCACACAAAGGCAAUGUCCAAAAUCCCUGUUACCCUCGGAAUUAUCGCCACAAGUUCACUCUAAGGGAAAUAUUUGACAGUGCAUGUACAACUGACAUGAGGCCUGACAAUUAUAAUCCUGAUGCUACUGUGGUUUUGGAAGGAACUGGAGAUCCAUUUAAUUGCAGUAAGAAGGUGGCUUCUCUAUUUGACUUCAAAGCUUGUGAUGGCAAAGAAAACUGUUCCUUUAAUGGAGUUUAUCAGCCAAAACUUAAAGGGUCAUUUGGGGCCUUUGCAGGAUUCUACUACACAGCCAGUACUUUCAAUCUUUCAGAUAGUUUUCCCUUGAAAACCUUCAACUCAAGCACAUGGGAUUUCUGCUCAAAGGAAUGGAGUCAGCUCCCAGAUCUGCUUCCCCAUUUUGAUGAGACCUAUGCGCGCUCCCAGUGCUUCUCAGCUCACUAUGUCUACCACUUGCUCAUAAAUGGAUACAAAUUCACUAAGGAGACCUGGCCUAAAAUACGUUUUAUAAAAGAAGUGGCGAACAGCAGCAUUGCCUGGUCUCUCGGCUACAUGCUCGCCCUGACCAACCAGAUCCCAGCCACAAGCCCCCUGAUCCGCAUGGCCCUGCCACGACACAUCUUUGUAGGCAUCAUGGUCUUCUUUGCAACGAUGACCUUUAUGUGUCUGUUGUUUCUCGUGUACCUUUAUGUAUUAGCGAAGAAGAUGAGCAGCUCUCAGGUUGCCUUCAACAGCCCCAUGAAUUCUGCGUGAGCAUUGAGAAGGCCCUGCUGUAGCCCGAAGGAUCCCCAGCCUGAGUUCCACCAGGCAACACAAGUGAAUUGUCUUCAGGAAACACAACUAAAGUUAAAUACCCAGAUCAUGUGCCUCUGGGAUAAGGAUUUCUGCCAAAGCACCUCUUGGGGAGUCCUCAGCUGUUCUGAGCAUAUUGCUCCUCCAGAAACGCCACCCACUUGCUGACCUGUUAGGGAACAGAGGAGAGACAGGCCGUCAACUUCAGGCUUUUUAUUCCGAGUGCCCAAAGAGGAAGAGUAGCUGAAAAUAUGACAGUUUAAUGUUGAAGAAUUGACCUCAGGACUCAGUUUGCACUUUUCAUCCCUCAGUAUUCCUCUUGGCGAGCUUGGAAACCGGCAGACACCCCUAAAACUUUUGGCCCAGUCACUUACCUCGUUUCCUUGCACUGGUCCCUAAGUAAGCAACGUUAACAAUCCCAUAAAUGUUGAACUCCCUUAGGUUGGCAGAAUAUAGUAUCUAGGAGAGAAGACUCCUUUACCCUGUGGACAGUGGCCUCAACCAGGCUUCUGUCAUGCAGGUAGAACUUGAAGGAUAGAAACAUACAGAAGUUCUCAGAAAAAUGUGGCCAUUCCCAAAGCGGGGUUCCUGCUGGGAGCUACGGUCAUUAGACUGCAACCUGCGUGCGUCAUUCUGUCCUCACCUUCCUUUCACGUCACUCUGUCCUCCGAUGAAACACACUCACUCCUACUGAGGCUGUCACAUUCCAGAUUGGAUUUUGUUUGUUUUUGUUUUGUUUGCCUUUUCUGGGCUAUUGCUGAGGACUGUCUUUGCAUUUAGCAUGGUGUAUCUAUUUUGCCCACUGUUCUCACAGGAAUCUUUGACGUGACAUCCUCUGCUGUUAUUUGCUUGCCAGUUACUUUUCUGAAUCAUCUGCUUCUCUGCAUAGUAGCCAUACCUCUUGACUUUGGGGAAAGAAAAAAAGUUGUAGAAGCAUUUUUACUCCAAAAUAGGGUGAGAAAGAAUUCUGGCAAGUCCCAUGGCUACACACACUAAAAAUGAACUUUAUUUCAGAUUGGUGUUUGUUAAAUGAACACAGAAUAAAGUAUUAUUUUGA